CGCUAACAGCCAGCAGUGAGGAAAAAUGUGGCUAAGCAGAAGACGGAGGCCAACAUUCAGAGAAGAAACCCUGAAAGGGGCCAGUUUGCUCCUUUAUGGCUGAUUCUGUGGCGGCUGCUGCUGCUCCUCGGGCCGGCAGCCCCCUCGCUCUCGCCCCACCUCGCAGUCCUUGGCUUCAAGCCCCAAACUUGGGAUUCUCCCUAAGAGCAGUACAAAGUCCGGGAGGCAGCCUGCACUCCUGGCGAGAAGCGGCCCAGUGCGCCCAGGUGCGGCCAGAUCAGUCAUUGGAUGUGGGCCACCUCCAGAAGGGUGUGACACUGGUCAAGAUGGCUCACUACAUGGAGGCUGUCUGCUCAUAGAGAUCCCAGCAGCUAGGACCACAGGUCUUUCCUUGAAGGCUUUCGGUAAAAUAUUGUUGAGCGGCAGAGGGAUGGAGGAUAAGGAUGAGCGGAGGAAUAAUGAAAGCUCAAAAAAGGAAGGCACGCCCCCGCGGCGGCCCCUGCAGACCUCACCCUCCUUGCGCGCCAGGAACCCGCGGCGGAACCCGAGAGCGGCGGCAGCGGUUUCCCUUCAACGGACCCGGGACUCUUAAGAGAGCACACAGGAAAGGCCGGGCUGCGAGCGGGACCUGCCGUGCCUAGCAAAUCCCUAAGAGAAGAUGACUGUGUUCUUUAAAACACUUCGAAAUCACUGGAAGAAAACUACAGCUGGGCUCUGCCUGCUGACCUGGGGAGGCCACUGGCUCUAUGGAAAACACUGUGAUAACCUCCUAAGGAGAGCAGCCUGUCAAGAAGCUCAGGUGUUUGGAAAUCAACUUAUUCCGCCCAAUGCACAAGUGAAGAAAGCAACCGUCUUUCUCAAUCCUGCCGCUUGCAAAGGCAAAGCCAGGACUCUAUUUGAAAAAAAUGCUGCCCCGAUUUUACACUUAUCUGGCAUGGAUGUGACUGUCGUUAAGACAGAUUAUGAGGGCCAAGCCAAGAAACUCCUGGAGCUGAUGGAGAACACAGAUGUGAUCAUUGUUGCUGGAGGAGAUGGGACAUUGCAAGAGGUUAUUACUGGAGUUCUUCGAAGAGCAGAUGAGGCUACCUUCAGUAAGAUUCCCAUUGGAUUUAUCCCACUGGGCCAGACCAGUAGUUUGAGUCAUACACUCUUUGCCGAAAGUGGAAACAAAGUCCAGCGUAUUACAGAUGCUACACUUGCUGUUGUGAAAGGAGAGACCAUUCCACUCGAUGUCUUGCAGAUCAAGGGUGAAAAGGAACAGCCUGUGUUUGCCCUGACUGGCCUUCGAUGGGGAUCCUUCCGAGACGCCGGCGUCACAGUCAGCAAGUACUGGUAUCUGGGGCCUCUAAAAACCAAAGCAGCCCACUUUUUCAGCACUCUUAAGGAGUGGCCUCAGACUCAUCAAGCCUCGAUCUCAUACACGGGACCUACAGAGAGACCCCCCAGUGGAGCAGAAGAGACCCCUCCACGGCCCUCCCUGUACCGGAGAAUAUUACGAAGGCUCGCGUCAUACUGGGCACAACCGCAGGACGCCGUUUCCCGAGAGGGGAGCCCAGAGGUCUGGAAGGAAGUGCAGCUGUCCACCCUUGAACUGUCCAUCACGACCCGGAACAGUCAGCUUGACCUGACAAGCAAAGAAGACUUCAUGAACAUCUGCAUGGAGCCCAACACCGUCAGCAAAGGAGACUUCAUCACUGUAGGAAGUAAGAAGGUGAGAGACCCCAGGCUGCGUGCUGACGGCACCGAGUGUCUCCGGGCCAGCCGCUGCACGCUGCUGCUUCCUGAGGGAACGGGGGGCUCCUUUAGCAUCGACAGCGAGGAGUACGAGGCGAUGCCGGUGGAGGUGAAGCUGCUCCCCAGGAAACUGCAGUUUUUCUGUGACCCGCGCAAGAGAGAAGAGAUGCUCCAGGGCGCAGCCCAGUGAGCGGGCGGGAGAUGGGCGCCCGACACCGCACUCCAGGCCCCCCGGGACCAAAAGGGACCAGAGAGCCCCGUCCCCGCCGUGUGGUCAGGGGCCCUGCUGGCGUUUUCAUAGCAAGUACCCCUCUGCCCUUCUCACCGAGCUUCCCAGCAGCGCAUGAUUUGACUCUGGUGCGACGUCGGGCCCUCCUAGAUGUGCUGGUUCCAGCGAGCUCCCCCACGCACCGGACAGAAAAGGGCUAGACCUCGUGGUCUCCCACGGCGGAAGGCGCGCCCCCCGCUCCGGGCUCUGCGGCCGUUCUCGCCGACCCGGGACGGGCCGCUGCCUGCCGCCUCGUCCUGUUUCUGGGCUUCUCCAUGGUGCUGCUGCUUUGUGGGCGCCGAGUCACAUGCGGCGUGUUUCAGUUCUCUCCUUCACCAAAAAACGUAUGUGAGGUGUUUCACUCUUCAGCCAUGGCUGAAAUACUGUCAAAUACUAGUGCUCCCCCCCUCCAUUGAAUUGUUGGUUUGCAUGAGAACCACCUGGGACGACUGACUUGGGGCCCAACCCAAAUCCAGUAACUCAGUCGGGGCCGAGGAAUCUGCAUUUUAAAAGGCAGCCACUCCUCCUGGGUGCUGCUUCCAUGAGAGCCCCCAAACCUACCUGGACACACAGCCGUGUAACGCAGCGGCCCACACGCUCUCCUGCUCGUGUGCUUCACAUCCCGUGCCCCCACGCUCGUAAGCUGACAGCUAACAUUUUUCAUGGGAAGUUAGAGUUGCCAAAGUAUAUACUUUCUGGUGUCAUGUAAAUAUUGAUAUUUUAAAAUAAAACUGUUACAUCACUCUUUUAAA